CCACCCGCAGGGGCUGUGGCUGCUCAACUUCUGCUGGCGUGGAGAGAGAAUCUACCGGUGGGUCCCUUCUCCCCGUCUUCCGUGUAGGGGUCACUGCGGUGAGUGAGCCCAGCGGGAGGCCUUUGAGGCUUGCGGGGGUGCUGCGCUGCCUGAGGAGCACAGUUCCUGAACUUUCUCUGAUUCCAGCAGGCCAGAUUCAGAUGGGCUUGGUGUGGUGGGUCUAGCUGGGGACUAAUGCCCCAGAACCUUCGAGAGAAGAGCCAGGCCUACCCCCGACACCGACCUAGUAGCAACACAGGCGCUAAAAGUCUCAAAGUCAUCCCAGCAGCAACCAUGUACACUUUCCUGCCUGACAAUUUUUCACCUGCCAAACCCAAGCCCACCAAAGAGCUGAGGCCUCUGCUGGGCUCGGCGUUAUUGGGUCUGCUGCUGGUACUGGCGGCGGUUGUGGCCUGGUGCUACUACAGCGCCUCCCUACGCAAAGCUGAACGCCUGCGUGCAGAGCUGCUGGACCUGAACCGUGGCGGCUUCUCCAUCCGUAACCAGAAGGGUGAGCAAGUCUUCCGCUUGGCCUUCCGUUCCGGGGAGCUGGACCUUGACUCUUGCAGCCGGGAGGGUGCCCUGCUGGGCUGCUCCCGAACCGCCGAUGGGCGCCCGUUGCACUUCUUCAUCCAGACUGUACGACCCAAGGACACCGUCAUGUGCUACCGCGUGCGCUGGGAGGAAACCACACCAGGGCGUGCUGUGGAGCACGCCAUGUUUCUGGGAGACGCGGCGGCGCACUGGUAUGGCGGCGCAGAGAUGAGGACGCAGCACUGGCCUAUCCGCCUGGAUGGCCAUCAGGAGCCGCAGCCAUUUGUCACGAGCGACGUCUACUCUUCUGACGCCGCAUUCGGGGGCAUCCUCGAGCGCUACUGGCUGUCUUCACGCGCGGCCGCCAUCAAAGUCAAUGAUUCAGUGCCCUUCCACCUGGGCUGGAACAGCACCGAGCGUUCGAUGCGGCUACAGGCACGCUACCACGACACAUCUUACAAGCCACCAGCUGGCGGCACCGCAGCGCCAGAGCUCAGCUAUCGCGUGUGCGUGGGCUCAGAUGUCACCUCCAUCCACAAGUACAUGGUUCGGCGUUACUUCAACAAGCCAUCCCGGGUACCAGCAUCAGAGGCCUUCCGAGACCCCAUUUGGUCCACGUGGGCGCUGUAUGGGCGCGCCGUGGACCAGAACAAGGUGCUGCAGUUCGCCCAGCAGAUCCGCCAGCACCGCUUCAACAGCAGCCACCUGGAAAUCGAUGACAUGUACACACCCGCCUAUGGCGACUUCGAUUUCGACGAGGGCAAGUUCCCCAAUGCCACUGACAUGUUCCGCCGCCUGCGGGAGGCUGGCUUCCGCGUCACCCUUUGGGUGCAUCCGUUUGUCAACUACAACUCGUCGCGCUUCGGCGAGGGCGUGGAGCGUGAGCUGUUCGUGCGCGAGCCCACGGGCCGGCUGCCCGCGCUGGUGCGCUGGUGGAACGGCAUCGGCGCGGUACUGGACUUCACGCGGCCGGAGGCCCGAGACUGGUUCCAGGGACACCUCCGGCGCCUGCGCUCACGCUACAACGUGGCCUCCUUUAAGUUCGACGCGGGUGAGGUCAGCUACCUGCCUCGGGACUUCAGCACCUACAGGCCUCUGUCCGACCCCAGUGUGUGGAGCCGGCGGUACACUGAGAUGGCGUUGCCCUUCUUCUCGCUAGCCGAGGUCCGCGUCGGGUACCAGUCACAGAACAUCUCCUGCUUCUUCCGCCUGGUGGACCGCGACUCGGUAUGGGGCUACGACCUGGGGCUGCGCUCUCUUAUCCCCGCCGUGCUCACGGUCAGUAUGCUGGGCUAUCCGUUCAUCCUGCCGGACAUGGUGGGUGGCAACGCGGUGCCGGAGCGCACAGCCGGCCGCCAAGAGGGGCCGGGGCCGGAGCGCGAGCUCUACGUGCGCUGGCUGGAGGUGGCGGCCUUCAUGCCCGCCAUGCAGUUUUCGAUCCCGCCCUGGCAGUACGACGCAGAAGUGGUAGCCAUCGCACACAAGUUCGCCGCUCUGCGCGCCUCGCUCGUGGCGCCCCUGCUGCUCGAGCUCGCUGGUGAGGUCACCGACACUGGCGACCCCAUCGUGCGCCCCCUGUGGUGGAUCGCACCGGGGGAUGAGACGGCCCACCGCAUCGACUCGCAGUUCCUCAUUGGGGAUACGCUGCUGGUGGCGCCGGUGCUGGAGCCUGGGAAGCAGGAGCGCGAUGUCUAUCUGCCCGCCGGCAAGUGGCGCAGCUACAAGGGUGAGCUUUUUGAUAAGACGCCGGUGCUGCUCACGGAUUACCCUGUCGACCUGGACGAGGUCGCCUAUUUCACCUGGGCGUCCUGACCCACUUCAAGACCUAGGAAUCCUACAGUCCUAACCCCAGCCUUCAUGCAGAUUUUUAAUCCUUUACCACACCGGAAUGGUGCACCCUCGGGAAGUCCCCACCUCUAUUCCGCCUAGGAAGUGGGCACUGAUGUAAAAGUGCUCCAGCCAACAGCUGUAGGUGAGACCUGGGAGAAGUACCGAAGCAACCUCCCCCUGUCCCAGUGCACAGUCCUAACAGCCCCCAGUCUUCAGAAACCUCUCCCCUGGGUUGGAGGCCCGAGAACUCAGAGGACAAAGGUCUGUUCUUUCCGUUACACAGGGUCUGGUUUUAAAAGCACACAGAGAAACCUCUCCGUUCCCUGGCCUUUGUAGCCAUCUUUAUCCUCUGAGAUGAGGAACCGAUUCUCUGCAAAAAUUCCCAAAUAGUUUCCUACCAUAUUAGAAAAUGUACCUUUAGCUGGGCGAUGGUGGCGCACACCUUUAAUCCCAGCACUUGGGAGGCAGAGGCAAGUGGAUCUCCGAGUUCAAGGCCAUCCCGACCUACAGAGCAAGUUCUAGGACAGCCAAAGCUACACAGAGAAACCAUGUCUCAAAAAACAACAAAAAGAGAAAAGAAAGUAUACGUUCUUGGUGACAGCAGCUAGGCCCUGAGUUCCCAGCACACACCUGAGCAGUGAUUGACCUGGCCCCAGAUGGAAGAAAGAUACAGAUGUUUGGUUUGGCCAGCUGACAAGGAAGCAAAAGGUCUCUUCCUAAGCAGUAGGGGAGCUGGGCUCGGGCUGGACUAAUUGUCUCUGUGAAGAGACUCAGAACACUGCACUAACCUAUUUGUGUAUAUACUGGACUCAACUUUGGACCCAGCCCUGGGCCAGAAGUGCCUAGCGGGCAGACUUGCAGGGCCAUGCAGGCCAGACUCAUGCCUUAAUUCAAGAACUUGUGUCUAUGUGUGUAUGUGUACACAUACUUGUAUCUGAGAGAGGGGGGAGGGGGAGGAGAGAGGUGCCCACCACGGAUCUCUGAGUAACGAACGGAAUAUCUCUGAGGCUGGAUAAUCCGAGAGGGAGGAGGAUGCAGGAACAAACUCAAGGCUUUGAUUGUUGAGCGCUUUCCAGAUGGUUUCCCUAGGAGAAUGCCAGCCCCAGUUUAAGAGUUCAAAACACGGGUUGGGGACUUAGCUCAGUGGUAGAGCGCUUGCCUAGCAAGCACAAAGCCCUGGGUUCGAUCCCCAGCUCAAAAAAAGAGUUGAAAACACUAGAGCUGGGCUGAGGAGGUGACUCAGGUGCCAACCUGAGUUCAAUCACUGUAGGAAAGAAACAGCCCUUUCAGAUUUCUCAGCUGUCUCACUGUGCACACAUGCUCAAGUGUGGCCUGAAAGGGAGCUGUGUUCUUCCUCCGGCAGUGAUGUGUUUGGCACGUGAGUGACAUUAUACCCUGACACCUGCCAACACAUGUAUCGGGGAAGGUCUUUCAUCUCGGUAAUCCUCCUGCUCUAAGAUCAGCUCCAGCCAGAGUGAGUUUUUCCUGACUCUGUGGCUAAGUCUGGAGGAGUGGUUUGCCAGAGAAGGUGGAAAAUGAGGUGGGGCUCAGCUUCCCUCAGUGGCUCUGGCAACCAAGCCUCUGCCCGAAUCCCUAAUUUCUCUGGGUGAAAAGCCCUGAGCUUCAGGGCUCCCACAGACGCCCGUCUGACUCCAGUGCCAAUUCCUUUGUUUCUUUUCGGUGGCAAGUCGAAGCUAGAACCCAGGCUCCAAGCAUACUAAGCAGCGCUCUUCCAGGGAGCUACAUCCCUGGUCUUGGUUGUCAAUCAGCUGGGUGACCUUGAAUAAGCCCUGAACCCCACUGAGCCUCAGUUUUUUUUUCUAUGUAAAAGUGAUGAUCAUGCCUACCUCCAAGGUCAUUUUAAUAACAAGCACAGAUAUAUGGAAAGUGCCUAGCACAAAGUAGGUGCUCAAUAAAAGAUAGCCAUUGUAGUAGUA